AUGGAUCCCAUCGUCGUCCUUUUAAUCGCCCGCCGCCUUGUCCUGCACCUCGCCCGCUUGACAUGGUGGCCCAUUGCCAAGCUCAUCACCCUCGCCGUCAUUCUCCUGCGUCCAUUCUAUCUCCUCGUUACCUUUGCCCUGCUUCCCUUCAUCCACCUUGCUCACGCCAUCUUCCAACUCGUCUCCCUCCCCUUCACUGUCAAGUGGCUAGAGCAGAUUGAGACAUUGUACGUCUUUCUCGGAAUAGCCGCCCUCAUAGGAUGCAUCACCGGCACCACUCUCUUCAUCAUGUUCAAGUUCCUGUCAUCCACCCUGAGAAUUGAUGCCCCUAUUGUCCCUGACAAGCCCAUCGAGACGAGGACAGCUGCCCAGUAUCGCGCUGAACGCCGUACCAAGAAAGAAGAGGCCGUCCAUCGCUUGCCAGCCAUCACCCCAGUUGUUCUUAAGAAACCUGCCGGGCCCCGUAGGCGCGGACUUCUCUCCCAGGCCAUCAUCGAAGAGGAGGAUUCCGACUUUUGA